GCUUUUCUUUUUAUUGCUGAAGCAAGUGAAGAUGUGGCAAAAAUUACUUGCCCAAUUGCAAUUUCUGUUGAUAUGCAGAACAAAACAGGUAGUACCAAAGAGCAUACAACUCAAACGCAAGGCAUUCCCAGUGUGCCUGCGAGGGAUGCUUCCGAAGGUAGAAAAAUCCUUCUUAGCUAAGUUAAUCAGGAAUAAACACAAGUGCCUCGCGGAAGCAGAACUACAAACGUAUCAGACGCAUCUGCAAUUCUGUAAAACGUGUGACCCUGCUACGCUAUAUAUCGAAUUAGGAAAAAUACAGAGAAUAGUGUCUAAUUCUACGCAGGAGAUAAGAAAGAAAUUAAGUAAAAACUUCAAUGGUUAAUGAGCUCAUCACGAAUAAAGAAGGCUGGUAACAACCACUCUGUAUUAUAAUUAUACGGAAGAGGAAGUGCCCAUCGAAGUGCACGGCAUACUACAAAGGGGACCCAAAUAUAUCUCCCCUCCUAAUAAUACUGACCUCAACCAGUUAGUCCCAGUGGCAUUGGCAGCAUUGAAAUCCUGCCAGGUAGCAGCCACGUACCCACAAAUGGAGUUAGAAAUCGUCACGAAGCUUGCGGCGACGAAGCAAGUGUCCAGCAUGCCUAAGCACCACGUAAAUCACCAAGCAGUAAAGCAAUUCCUAGCUAUGAAUAACUUGAGGCUUCUGGUCUCUGAUAAGGACAAACGAUUCAUUCUGUGCAAGGAGGACGAUUUCAUCUUUAGAGCCAAUGAGUUCCUAUCGCAAUCACAAUCACAGAUAAUAAACAAUGAUCCAACACCAACAGUACUGCAAAGUACAAAGAAAAUAAUAGCUUUACCAGGAGUAGCUUUGACUCUAACUGGGUGCCUUGAUCCUCCCACCAAUGUAGCAUGCCCUAGGCUAUUCUUUCAGCCGAAAACACACAAAGCAAACUGGCCGUUACGCCCACUGGUAAACAAGAGAUCGCAUCCUACAUAUUUCCUUGAAAAGGCAUUCGCAAAGUUUUUGCGUAAACUUAUUCCGGAAUCACCAUAUGUUACCCCAUCGUCUACAGCUGCCAAGUCCACCAUUGCUUCCAGUAUGAGGGGUACACAAUAAGAUUCCUAUACUUUCUACAAAUUGGAUGUGGUUUCCUUAUAUCCAUCGGUGCCUGUUUUUGAAGCCGUAAUGCUUGCUAACUCCUUAAUCAUCAAAAAGGGAUUCAACAUACAACAAGUGCUAGACAUACGUGAUGCGCUGACAUUCAUCACUGAGCACAAUUAUUUCCUUUUCAACAAGAGCAUCUGCUUGCAGAAAUGAGGAGUUCCUAUGGGCUCCCCGCUAUCUGCAGUCUUGGCCGAGCUCAUUAUGAGAGAAGUCGAGUGUAGAAUUUUCAACUCACCUCUUACCAUCAGUUAUCUGUCGCUAUACUUAUGUUAUGUCGAUGAUAUCCUAAUAGUGUGGGAGAAUACAGAAGAGGGGUUUAUCAAAUUUGUGCAGCAACUUUCAAGCAUAUACCCUACUAUCGGUUUCACUUGGGAGAGGGAGCAUGAGGACUCAAUAGCGUUUCUGGAUCUAUGUAUACAAAAGUCGGUUGAGGGGCUGCAAUUUGCUGUUUACCACAAAGCUGACCUGUUACCAUAUAUUAUCCUGGCAGAUACUUUCCAACUGUUGCGGUACGUCAAUGCCGCCAUUGCUGCACUCGUUAGAAGAGCAUUACUGCUUCCGUCGACACAGCUAGCAACAAAAAUUGAAUUAGACAUCAUUAGAGUAGCAGUAUCUCUUGCAGGAUUUACAUAUGCCAAAUAUAAACAUGUGCUCCGUAAAGUAAAAGAGGCCCUAUACCCAUGUACCACGCUGUACAGAAAGGAAAAAGCAUCCGUGAUCCGGUCAUCGUUGCCGUAUCUUGGACCAACCUCUAUACGUAUCAGCCGCAUAUUUCAGCGAUAUAAUUUCAUACUACCCAUAACCCCCAUACCAAACCUACGCAGAUGUAUCUGCAACGAUCGGGACAGGCUAACUACUUUAGAAAAGUCAGGGGUUUACACGAUACAACUAGAAAAUCCGGUAACGGGAAAUAUUACAAGAUACAUAGGAGCAACAACAAGAAUGCUCGCCUCCCGCCUUGCUGAGCAUCAGGAUGACGUAGCCAAAGGAAGAUGUUCUACAGAGCUUCCUAAAAAAGUUCUCGAGCAAGGCUACAACCCAUUAUGGCCCAGAACGGAAAUAAUCAAAUGCUGCAACAAUCGAAGGCUUGUGUUUAUCUGGGAAGCGCUUCUCACGGCUACUUCAGAAGCGUGCAAUGUUCCCACCCUCGAUCUACCCGGGGUGUGGAUUGCCUUAUAUCGGCACCUAAAAAACGAAACACGCCUAACAUUGUAUCGCCAACACGGUAGCAUUUCCACGCAUCCGUUGCUAGCAUCGUAAAAUAUAAAGUUUCGAACAUAUCAAAAAUUAUUUGCACGUUCUUAACGGAAUUUCCUGACGCCUGUUUGAAUUUUAAAUAUUCUGUUCCUUUGGAACAUCCUGCACGUUGUCUUAUUAAAAUUUGUUCUUUUCACCUGAAGACGACGAUUAUACACUUGUCGAAAGUGCUUGUGUUAAUACUAAAGGAACUUUAUUAACGCUGAACUCAGUGAAUUUGUAUCCAUAAGUCAUCUGUAGAAAUCUGGCAACUUUAAUGUCAUGUGACAAACUUAACAUUCCUCUUGAUGUGUUGAUUUUUGUCUUGUAUCGUUCAUAAAUUUCAUAUUUAUUUUCACAUUUUUGUGAAUAUAGACAAAAACAAGCCUACUUAUAUUUUGUAAUAUAAAUUAUAUUACAAAUGUCCAAUUAUUAUCUCUAUAAGAAAAACCUCACAAUACAAUUUCCAUUGGGAAUGUAAUUUUCUGGUGAAUUAGAUUUAUUCUAGAGGGCUUUGUAUUCAUCUGAAAUAAAUGAAGUAAACUGGAAAUACAAAUAAACCAAACACUUUAUGCAGCUCAUUGCUGGAUUUAUAGUAUUACAGAUAGAAGAGAAUCCAAAAUAUAAAGUUUUAAUAUGUUGCAAGUAUUUGGAAAAAUUAUGCAAUUUGUAGAAUGAUAUUGAUUUUUUUAUAGUAAUAACAAAACUAAAACUUAGCUCCAUCCAGUAUAAAUUUAAACAACUAAUUCAUGCUAAAAAAAUGUUAACUACAUAUAGUUGUUGGCACAUUGUUAUUCAAACAACCAUUUCCAAUCAAAAAGAUGGUAAUAACAGGCUCAGAUCUUAAAGCUUGAAGAAUGGGCAACAACUGACUAAAAUAAGCUGUUCUUCGUCAUAUUCAUAAGUGUAAAUUCCCUAGAGGUGACUAAAAGUUGAAGGAAAAGUGUCAAGGUGUCACUGUGAGGUUGCUGAUCUGCAUGUAUUAACAGGAUAACUGAGCAGUUCUUAAUCGAAUGUGGGAGUGUUUGACAACUCUCCAGUUACAAAAUAAUUAUCUCAGUUUAUUAUAACUUAAAAAUAUAGCUUAUAACUUACAGCUACAACAGUCAACAAUAUGUAGGUGAAUUCAGGUCUUCCAAUUUAUCUC